AUGCCGGCAGGGCUUUCCUGGCCCGAAGCGGCGGCGCUGGCGCUGCUCGCCUUGGCGCUGCUGAUCACCCUGUGCCGGCACCUGUGGGCGCUCCGCUGGAGCCUCAGCCGGGACCGCACCAGCGCCCUGCCCCUGCCCAAGGGCUCCAUGGGCUGGCCCUUCUUUGGGGAGACCCUGCAAUGGCUACUCCAGGGCUCCCGCUUCCACAGCUCUCGGCGGGAAAGAUACGGCAACGUCUUCAAGACCCACCUACUGGGCCGGCCGGUGGUGCGGGUGACGGGUGCUGAGAAUAUCCGCAAGAUCCUGUUGGGCGAGCACACGCUGGUCAGCACGCAGUGGCCACAGAGCACCCAGAUCAUCCUGGGUUCCCACACCCUGCUUGGCUCCAUCGGAGACCUGCACCGCCAGCGCCGCAAGAUCCUGGCCAGAGUGUUCAGCCGCACUGCCCUGGAGAGCUAUCUGCCACGGAUCCAGAAGGUUGUGAGCUGGGAGCUGCGGGGCUGGUGCAUGGAGCCAGGCUCCAUCGCAGUUUAUUCCUCCGCUAAAACCUUAACUUUCCGCAUUGCAGCUCGGAUUCUUCUGGGACUCCGCCUGGAGGAAAAGCAGUUCAAGGACCUGGCCAAAACAUUUGAACAACUGGUGGAGAACCUCUUCUCCUUACCCCUCAACAUACCCUUCAGCGGGCUGCGCAAGGGAAUCAAAGCACGGGACAUGCUACAUGAGUUUAUGGAGAAGGCUAUACAGGAAAAAUUGCUGAGAAACAACCCAGAAGAUCACAGCGAUGCUCUGGAUUUCAUAAUUAACAGUGCCAAGGAGCAUGGCAAAGAAUUCACCAUGCAGGAGUUAAAGGAGGCAGCAAUUGAGCUCAUAUUUGCUGCUUUUUUUACCACGGCUAGUGCCAGCACCUCUCUGAUCCUUCUGCUGCUGAAGCAUCCCUCAGUGACUGAAAAAAUUAAGCAGGAGCUGAUGUCUCACGGAUUGUACCAGCAGAGUGAGUGCUGUGCUUCAGGACCUUGCUCAGAUACCCUGACAUCCCAGAGUAGGCACAGCAAGAAACCACUUCUCUGCCCCACAGCUGAAAAUGCUCAUGAGGACCAGAGCCUGCCCCUGGGCUCAACAGAGGAAGGUUUGCCUCAGGCCCAUGUCCUGCUGGAUCCCAUCCUGCCCCAAAGCAGUCACUGUGCUUGCCCCCAGCUCCAGGCAUCAUCAGGGCAGAGCUGUCCCUGCCCCACAGACAUCAGCCUGGAGAAGCUGAGCCAGCUGCGCUACCUGGACUGUGUGAUCAAGGAGGUUCUGCGGGUGCUGCCCCCUGUCUCCGGAGGCUACAGGACGGCGCUGCAGACUUUCGAGCUGGAUGGUUACCAGAUCCCCAAAGGCUGGAGUGUCAUGUACAGCAUCCGUGACACCCAUGAGACAGCUGCUGUCUACCAGAGCCCCCCUGAUGACUUUGACCCUGACCGCUUCAGUGCUACCCGGACGGAGGCUGUGGGCCACUUCCACUACAUCCCCUUUGGUGGAGGAGCACGGAGCUGCAUCGGCAAGGAACUGGCACAGACCAUCCUCAAGCUGCUGGCCAUCGAGCUGGUCAGCACUGCCCAUUGGGAACUGGCCACCCCCAGCUACCCCUCUAUGCAGACCGUGCCCAUCGUGCACCCUGUUGAUGAUGGGCUGCAGCUCUACUUCCACCCCUUGCGGCGCAGCCGCAGCAGUGAGGCCUGAGCCAGGGGUACGCUGACCCACUCUGCCCUGGCAUCGAUGCCCCUCCACAGCUGCCAGGGACAGGUCUCUGCUGCAUGGGGUCACUGCAAUGCAAAACCCCACAGUCUUCUUAUUUUUCCCCUCCUGGUGUGCGAGCCAGUAGGGAGAGUCAUGCAGAGUCCUGCUCCUGAGCACCUGGAUGAGCCUCAGCCCCAGCCCCAGCCCCAGCCAGGGGAAAAACCCACUGAAGCUGCUGACAGGGAGCAUCCUCCAUAGGGGCUCAGCCACGCCCUGCCCCACACAUGUCUCCAGCCACCAGGGAUGGGGAGCUAAACUCCCAGCCCCACAGCUAAGGCUCCCAGAGCUAUUCUGUCCCAGGAUUCUCUCCUGUGAGUGUUGUAGCAGAGAGUCACGACAAACAUCCUGCAUGCUGUAGCUUUUUAGAUGUGAAAAGAGGGAAGAUGGGGGAACUCUCAAGGAAAACACAAGCCAGGGCUGCCCGUUCCAUGGCAUCAUCUGUAGCUAGAAUAAUAGAGUGUAAAGUGGUUUUUCUUGUAAAUAUUUAAUCUCAUUCCUGCACUU